UGAUCUCCUUCCAUAUCUUGCAGGAGAUUGGAAGGCGAACCGGGCUCGGUCUCCUGGUUUUUCUAGCAUUCCCUCUGCCCCAAAACCCUAGACUCUCACUGAGACUUCCCUUCUACUUUCUAAUUUUCACUCAAGGUGAGUCAGAAACACAGGGAGCAUACCAUGGCAGAGGACGACAUGUACACAAAAGAUGGGACAAUGAAUAUCCACAACAAACCUGCUAAUAAGAAGAAAACUGGACAAUGGAAGGCUUGCCGCUUUAUCCUUGGGAAUGAAUGUUGUGAGAGGUUGGCAUACUAUGGGAUGAGUACCAAUCUGGUUAACUACCUCCAGAUACGUCUCAACCAGGGAAAUGUGACUGCCUCAAACAAUGUCACAAAUUGGUCAGGGACUUGCUAUAUCACCCCAUUGAUAGGAGCAUUUUUGGCUGAUGCAUAUUUCGGAAGAUUUUGGAUAAUUGCCAUUUUCUCAAUCAUCUAUUUCUGUGGAAUGGUGUUGUUAACCAUGACUGCUUCUAUUAAAGGACUAAGGCCAUCAUGCGAUGAUAAUGGUUGUGACCCAACUAAAUUACAAAGUGCAGUAUGCUUCAUAGCACUAUACUUAAUUGCUCUUGGAACGGGUGGAAUCAAGCCAUGCGUCUCAUCCUUUGGUGCUGAUCAAUUUGAUGUGAAUGAUGAGGCUGAGAAGAAGAAGAAGAGCUCUUUCUUCAAUUGGUUUUACCUUUCCAUAAACGUUGGAGCGCUUAUAGCUUCCUCAGUUUUGGUCUGGAUACAAAUGAAUGUGGGUUGGGGUUGGGGGUUUGGGAUCCCUGCAGUUGCAAUGGCCAUUGCAGUUGUGUCUUUCUUUUCAGGUAGCAGGAUGUACCGGCUUCAAAAACCUGGAGGGAGUCCUCUAACGCGAAUUUGCCAGGUUCUGGUUGCAUCCACAAGGAAAUAUCAUGUGAAAGUUCCCAAUGAUAAGUCUCUUCUUUACGAGACUAAAGAUGCAGAAAGUAAUAUUAAAGGAAGUUGCAAACUUGAACACACUGAAAAAUUGAGAUUUUUUGACAAGGCUGCUGUAGAGGUUGAAAGCGACCAUGUGAAGAGCUCGAAUAACCCAUGGAAACUCUGCACAGUGACCCAAGUUGAAGAGCUCAAGUCCAUCCUUCGGUUGCUCCCAGUAUGGGCAACUGGAAUACUCUUUUCAACUGUCUAUAGUCAAAUGAGUACUAUGUUUGUUUUGCAAGGCAACACCAUGGACCAACACAUGGGCCCCAACUUCAAGAUUCCAUCAGCAUCCCUCUCUCUCUUUGACACUCUCAGUGUUAUCUUUUGGGCACCCGUUUAUGAUCGAAUCAUUGUUCCAUUUGCUAGGAAGUUCACAGGCCAUGAACGGGGAUUCACUCAGCUGCAACGAAUGGGUAUUGGGCUUGUUAUUUCCAUUAUUUCCAUGAUUGUUGCUGGGAUUUUGGAGGUUAUUCGGCUCAACUAUGUGAGGAAGCAUAACUACUAUGAUCUUGAGUACAUCCCCAUGUCAAUAUUUUGGCAAGUCCCACAGUAUUUCUUGAUUGGUUGUGCAGAAGUUUUUACCUUCAUUGGACAAUUGGAGUUUUACUAUGACCAAGCGCCCGAUGCCACGAGAAGUUUGUGCUCGGCUCUGUCACUCACAACUAAUGCAUUGGGAAAUUAUUUAAGUACUCUGCUAGUUACAAUUGUGAAUAAAGUGACUACAAGAAAUGGGAAGAUGGGGUGGAUUCCAGAUAAUAUGAAUAGGGGUCAUCUGGACUAUUUCUAUUGGCUAUUGGCCAUUCUUAGCCUGCUCAACUUCCUUGUGUAUCUUUGGAUCGCAAAAUGGUAUACUUACAAGAAGGUGACUGGCCGUCCUGGCUGACACACAUCGAGCAGUGUAAUUGGGUUGUUAUUUAUUCUAUAUCCUUUAUAUGGUUGUGGGCAUGGUGUUUCAACUUCAAGAUUUAAUUUUCUUUUCCUUGAAUAUUAUUGAAGUUCUUGUAAGUAUUGUGUUUGAGUCUUGAUUAUAAAGUAUUUGUCAAUUUCCUAGUUUCGAUGUUCUUAA